CUCAAAAUGUUGACAGCUGUGAAAGUCGCGUUCGGUUUUUGCACUUUUUUUCUCGCGUUCGAGGAGACUGUGUCAUGGACCGUAGAUUUGCCGCAAGUGAGGAAGUAUUUCUUUGAAAAAAAUAUGUACGAACGAGAGAGACAAGAUAGAUGGAAAAUGCAGCAGGCGCAGCGGCCACAGCAAGUUGCAUAUGAUAAUAUAGAUACUAAAAGUUUGCAUUUUGAUUACGAGAAGUAUAAGAAGCAUUACGCUGAUGAUUACAAGUACAAUGGAUAUAUGGAGCACAAGGUGCAUGAGGCGGUUCAAAACGGCAGCGCAUACCUGGACGGUCUGCGGCGCUCCAUCGAGGACUACCUGCAGCGCCUCGAGUCGUGCCGCGGGCAAAACAUGACUGUUAACGUCGUCCAACUACGUCGGUACUCCAACCAAAACGAGUCAAACAACGCUCUGUACUACUUCCUAACCAACCCGGCCAACCCCCUCACCGAUCCCACCAAACCCAGUCUUGUCCAAUCGGCACUCCUUUACAGCCUUCUCCCAUUCUCCACCUACGGCCUCCCGAUACCAACGAACUUAACAACAGUGACCCAAAUGGAUAUGAACUUCACGAGCUUUUUGUCGAUGGCGCCGAACUACACGAUGUUUAAUAUGAGCGAGGAGUUUAGGAACUGUGUGAGGGCGGAUUUGGCGAGCGAGCAUGUGAGGCGGCUCGCUGAGCUCGCUGUGUGGGCCGCUAGCGAACUGCAAGACAAGUUGUACGCGGAUAAAUAUAGCGAGCACCACGAUGCCCACGAAAAUGAACACGGUCAGGAAAACGGCAUCCUCGGCGUCGAACACAGCUACGGGCACGGGCAUGAGAAGGCCCACUAUAGCGACCAUGGGCAUGAUGAUGACACGCUGGUGUUGCGGCUGGCUUGGUUCUUGGACAGGCUGGCGCACCUGACUGGUUAUGAUCCUACGGGACAGGAUUUUGUGGAACCAUCGACAGCUCGGCCGUCAACGAACCCGCCAAUGAUCCCCACCCUCAUCUCCAACGCGGACCUGCAGUUCCUCACGACCUGCCUGCGAGGCAGCAACGGCACAGCUACGGAGCGGUGUGCGUUCCCCAGCGGGUCUUCUCCGCCUAACCUGGAAACUUUGCAAGCUAUGGGGAUGACAUUGCCAGUCAAACAAAUGCCGGAUUUGAAGCCAUCCGCAUCAGAAACCGAGGAAUACACAUAUUCGGAGCAAGUAUUCACAGACGACGAUAUGCCUCUCUCGCUCCCGCAGCGACCAGCAAAAAAACGCAAGAGAUCAGUUGAAGGAGACCCUUUAGAUAACUUUAUACAAUACUUCGCUAAAUACAAAGCAUGGACCGGCUCGAAUCAAGAAGAAAAAUACAGCUCAGAAAUGUCACACGUAGAAAAAGACAACUCUGAAAUGUCACAUGUAAAUACAAACAAAGAAAACGUUGUGUCAAAUUCAAUAAGAAAAAAGCGGUUUGUAGUUAAAAAAAAGAAAGCUAAACAUGUUAAACCAGACCCAUUUCCAAUUGCCAGUUACGUGAAACAUAAGAUAGAAGGUCACAUUAAAAAAGAUGAGAAAGAGGCAAAGGCGUGGAAAAAGUUUGUAGAUAAAUUGCAUAAGCCAAAGACGGAGCUUAAACUGUUGAAGUUUAAGAAAUCGAAGCGAUCUAUUAGGUAUUCGAAGAAAGAGCAGCCGCGAGUGCCGGAUGAUCCGCAGAUGGAUAUCAGCUAUUAUGUGAAGAAUAAGGAAGGUGCGGAUUAUGAUUACAAUACAGCCCAGGCGUCACUGGUGCGCGCGGGACUUGAGCAAAUAUUCCGAAACCCGCCCAGUCUAUUGGUUGUGCAGCGCUACGGCUCUAACUAUAAUCCGGCCAACCGGGAGACGAUACUAACCGGAUACAUCGAGGGCCUGGCUGACGUUUAA